AUGAUUACUCAGCUGUUCCAUGAUAUGCCAGCAACAAACAACACUGAGGAAAGGAAACUGAGAGUAACCCUUCUGAGUACUGAAUGGAAAACAUCAAGCAAUGGAGACUUGACAACCAUCAACAGAGAGCUGGCAAUACAGAUGGCUAAACAUCCCAAUGCGGAAGUCAGUGUCUUCUUACCUAAGUGUAGUGAAGAGGACAAGAGAGAUGCUGAUAGUUACAAUGUUAAACUCAUUGAAGCAGUUAAACUGUCUGGUUUUGAACCAGAUCUUUGGCUAGCCUCUGUACCUGAUGGCCAUGCUAUGGAUUGUAUUCUAGGGCAUGGAGUAGCUCUUGGUCGGCUAAUUCCACUCAUAAAGAAAAAUCCAAAUUACAGUCAUUGCAAAUGGAUUCAAGUUGUCCAUACUGCUCCUGAAGAAAUUGGCAUGUACAAAAACAUUUCUCAAGGUCAACAAAUGCAGCAAACAGAGAUAGAACUAUGUGAAAUGGCUGAUCAAGUUGUAACAAUUGGCCCCAAGCUAACUGAUGCAUAUAAACACCAACUCCAAAAAAAGGAUGUUUUUAACCUGACACCAAGUAUUUUCACUGAAUUUUCAGAUGUGCAGCAAGCUAGCGAUGAAAGAAAAACAUUUUGUGUCCUGGUAAUUGAGAGUGGUGAUAGUGAAGAUUUUGAUGUCAAAGGAUACAGCAUUGCAGUGAAAGCUAUUGCUAACCUAAAGGAUAAAUCUUACCAACUCAAGUUUGCCUCCAAACAGAGAGGAAAGGAAGAUGAAUUAAAACACAAGUUACUUCAGUGUGGUAUUGAUCUUAAUCAGUUAAUGAUCUGCAGCUUUGAUGAAAACAGGGAAACAUUAGCCAACUUAUUCUCUGUGGUGGAUAUUGCUAUAUUGCCCUCAAAAACUGAGGGAUUCGGGUUAAGCACUCUUGAAGCCAUAUCCGCUGGUCUUCCAGUACUUGUCAGUGGUAACUCAGGAAUUGCAGAAGCCUUAAGGAAGGUGCCUAAUGGGUCACAGUGUAUAGUGGAUUCAGAGGAUCCUGCAGAAUGGGCCAGAGCAAUCAAGACUGUGCGCUAUAAAGAAAGGAAUGUACGACUUGCAGAGGCUAAGUUUCUUCGUGAUAACUAUUUGCAGCGGUUCAGCUGGAAGGAGCCUUGUGGUUUCCUUGUUAACAAGAUGUGCAAUCUUGCAUUUGGUGGUGAAAUGAAUAUUAAGGUUGAUGUGGAUGACAUGAAACCUGAAGAACAGAAUAUGCAGACUGGCAUGUUGGCAACAGAAUCUGAUAGAUACCAAGAGGUUCAGCUGCCUAGGGCAUCUGUUACAUUAACUGCAUCUGGAAGUGUGUCCUAUUCACAGAAAGAACAUCUCGAGGCCUUUGAAAAGGAAAUCUUUCUGUCAAUUGCUGGAAAUUAUCUCCAGACCACACCACCACAGUCCCCUGAAGAGCGCAAUAGGUUUAAGGAAUACAUGAAAGAAAUGAGGCUCAUCAUUACUGGUGUCUCUGUAGGAAGUUUGGUGAUAACAGUGAAGUGUGAAUCUCUAAUGAUCUUGGAGGACUUGUGGACAGAUUACUUAUCUGGUCAUCUUGGUGAAGUGGUUCAGAAUUGUUUUGUUACUGAAAAGAUCUUAAAGGAACUGAACCUGGCUGAGCUGAGGCUGAAGACAACAAUGGACAUAGAAGAGUACAAUGCAUGCAAAAUGUUCUUUGAGAAAGAUGCACUCAGAGGUUGGUAG